GGGACGAGGGCUGGGGGGGCCUUGCCCUGCGGAGGUGACAGGACCCUGCGCUCCAGGUACCUGAAGCAGAUUGCCGAGCUCACCUUCCCCCAGGAAGCCCAGCGGAAGAAGUUCAACCAGCUCAAAGCCUAUAACCUGCAGAAGGAAAUGGGGAGCCUCAGGGAGCUGCUGGAGUCCACGCCGUCCCCUGUGGUCUUCUGCCACAAUGACGUGCAGGAAGGGAACAUCCUGCUGCUGGCUGGGCGGGAGUCGCACCCCACUGACAAGCUGAUGCUGAUUGACUUUGAAUACAGCAGCUACAACUACAGGGGCUUUGACAUCGGCAAUCACUUCUGCGAGUGGGUGUACGACUACACCCAUGACACGUGGCCCUUCUACAAGGCCUCCUUGGAGAACUACCCCACGCGCCAGCAGCAGCUGCACUUCAUCCAGCACUACCUGUGGGAGGACUCGGGGCGGUGCGGGGACACCACGCACGAGGAGCAGGCCCGCAUUGAGGAGGAGAUGCUCACUGAGAUCAGCCGGUUUGCUCUGGCCUCUCACUUCUUUUGGGGUCUCUGGUCCAUCCUGCAGGCGAAGAUCUCCACCAUUGAGUUCGGCUACCUGGAUUACGCGCAGUGCCGUUUCGAGGCCUACUUCCAGCAGAAGGCGCAGUGCCCGUGACCAGCCCGGCUUUGCCUGCCCCGCGCUCGCCUGCCUCCUGCAUCAGCCCCCCGGGCUCGCUGGGCUGCAGACGGAGCAGCGGAGUGGCCCCUCCCCGCCAAAGGGACAGCAGCUGGCAAGGACCCCAAGGGACCAACGCCCCCAGACCAGCCUCCCUUGCCUCCUGGGGUGGGGGGCUGCCCUGGCUGGCCAGUGAGUGGGGGUGGGGUCUGGGGGUCUGGGCGGGAAACGGUUAAUGUUCCGGUGUGGGGAGUGAAUGCAGGGGCUGCCCUCCCCCAAUGGGUGUGAGGAUCUCCACCCCCUCCAGGGGGGCUGUGUGGGGCUGGCUCUCCCCACUGCCCAGUGUCGGAUGUCUCUGUGUGUCCCGCUGAGCAGGGCGGCUGCAGCCUCGGCCCCUCCCUGGGGCAGGAGGGGCCCGGCUCCCCUGGUUCCCUGCGAGUGCACUGGGGGCUGCGCACUGGGGGCUGCGCGCUGGGAGCUGAAUGUGCCACACGUGCGUCUGCCUCUGUCCGUGUCUCUGCCUCCCCUGGCCUGCGGCGCUGCCCAGCUCUGCCACCCCAGUGCCCUUCCUGCUGCCGACGUGACCUGGGAUCCCCUGGGGCUCAGCGAGCGUGGGCUGCAGGGGGAUACCUGCAUGCUCUGCCCCUGCCCCCUGCCGGGCCCCCUCCUGCUGGCCCCUUUUCUGGAGAAGCAGGGGACGUUUGUAGGGCUGCUGUCCCUGCAGGCAGUGCUGGCCUGGCUCCAGCGCCUCUCACGCUGCUGGGAAUGGGGGUGGGCUCUAGCGGGGUGUCCCCUGCUCCGGCUGGGGGAGUGGGUGGGGGCCGCCUCCCACAGCCCUGCCCCAAAGCUCCUCCCUGCCUGGGCCCCGUGGCCGGGGCUCUGUACUUGCUUUCCCUGCCAGUCCCCAGAGCCUGCUGCUGCCGCCCCCUCGGAGCCGGGCCCCUGGCAGGGCCCUCCACUGCCUAGCAAUGGACUGUGAACUCAGACCAAUAAAUGCCUGGCACUGUC